UAGGGCACGACGCAUUUAGCUGCUCACAGAUGAGAAGAUUCUAGCUAAAAGUCUGAAGUGUGUGAGGAAACGGAAGUCUGAAAACAAAACUCGGAAGUCGGAAAGCGUAGAGGUUGCCCUCUUGGUCACGGUUAAAAUAUUUAAACCAUCUCUCUUUCAUUGUCAUCAUACAUGCCUAUUGGCCACUCCAGAAAAUACCAUAACAUACCAUAAUGCUUUUUGAUUGUCGCCCCAAAGUUUUGCAUAAGCAUUGUCUUCAGUUUCUCUUGGGAGUUAAAAUGGCCCCAAGAGAAACUGAAAACAAUGCUUAUGCAAAAUUUUGGGGUGACAAACAAAGAACAUUAUGGUAUGUUAUGGUAUUUCUGGAGUGGUCAAUUCAGAGGUAUUUUUAAUGCAAAUACAUCUACUCAUACAUCACACAAAGGACGUCUGAACUUUAAAGGGUGAAUUAAUACGGAGAACCUUGGCUCUUGCAGCGCUGGAAUCCACGUACAAGGGACAACUUGCUCGUAACUUGCCAUCGUUAUGGGAACUUUAUAUCAGGUAUGUUGUGUCCUAAGAAAAAAGCUCUUCGACUUAAUUAAAUCAACCUGGGCACGCGUAUAAACUUACCUGAUGUUUUAUAAACAAGUGUAUCAACAAAGAAUUGAUUACUUACUGUACCUUGAGAACAAAUAUCUACCCCUUUUGCAUGACUGCUGUUUCAAGAGGGGACUACAAUUUCUAAGGAAAUAUCGGCCGUUAUACUCGGUUAGGUUCCUGAAAACGUUUCCAUUUUGCAUAUUUGUAAGUGACGUGAUCAGUUCUUAGCUUCUAUCUUCCUGCUCACUAGAAAUGUCUUUUAAAAUCACAUCCUUGGCUUCCCUGUACGUGCAGUAUUUUCGAAAGGCUGCAAGAACUACCGCACACUGUUACGAUUAUAAAUCAGGUCAGAUCGCCUUUAAGUCAACCAGGCGCGAAACAAAAUAUCGUUAAUGCCACCGCUCCGAAGCAAAUUCUGUUAAAUUUUUGUUCAUCGUGACUUCUGCCCGUUCGAAUUGUGUGGACGUGAAGCUUUAAAUCCAGGGUCUUCGUCCUUUUACUGCUUCCAACUCCAUUGAUAAUGCUUGCGGCUCCAGUCGUUUACAAACGCUCAAAGGCUGGAAGCGAUGAGACUUGGCUUGCAUUGGCAUGUCAAAAAGGCUCCCAAUUAAUAAUACUACUUUAACUUCAGCUUUUUACAACUAAAAUUACUUAAGUCUCCCAUUUAUUAAUAACCAUUAAUUUUGAACCUUCUUAAAAACGUUGAUAAUAUAACCGAGCUAAAUCGAUUUCCUCAAUAAUAGUUUGGGUUUACAGAAGAACAGAAACUAGUGAGCAUCACGGCUAAUGAAUGUUUAUUUUUCCAUCGAGAGCAGAUAAAUAUAUCCCUCUGAAUUCCACUAUUAAAAGCGCUCGAGCGUCUCAAAACAAUUAUAUACUUCGCCUUCGUCCAGACGUGCCGAUCUCUCAGUGAUCUCGGGUCUCUAAGUUCAGUGGUAAUGGUAUACUAUGAGUAUCGUGUUUAUCCUUGUUUUUUGAUAGUUACAAUGUCCAACAAUGUGUCACAGAUUGCUGUCGUAGCCUCCCAGAAAUGUAUUGCUCUCACAAUAUCUUAAAGUGACACCGUCCCCGGAGGGCAUUGCGAACAAAGCAUUGUUAGCCCGCAUAGUCCACAGCCUGGUUCAGUUUUCGGGUCCCAACUUUUUUGUUUUGCUUUUUUUUUGUAUUCGACGAUCCGCCAAGGAAUGAACUAUAGUGCAAAAAUUUUACUCGCAAAUUUAACCCUACAGUCAACGCUACUUCACGGUCACGAAUCCACAAACAUCGCCAUUAAUGAGAAAUGUAAAUUGGGUUGCUUAUUGGCAUGAAUUACAUCAGCCCCUUGACUGGAACAAUCGACCACAGAGAAAGAUAUACAUAAUAGUAAUGGAUUGAAAGGACCCUAUAAUCUACUACAUUUUCCAUUCGCCUGUAUCUUGACUCUCAUAAACGAAAGAAUCUUGUACGCAGUUGCUUACAAAAUCAAUCAGAGUCCCAGUGAGAAAACUCAAACUGGAGCAGUCGCAAAAAAUAGUUACAGUAAAAUAUGAAAAAAAAAAACUGCCCAUCCACAAAAUUGAACACCCGCAUAGUCAGUUCCAGGCUCCGAGAUAGUCGGGUCCGAUAGCGCGGACACACAAAUAAAACGAGAGGAGACUGGGGAGAGGACUUGCGGCGGAGCUCUCUGCCUCUCACUGGGUCAAGAUGUUGUUUAAUUUUACUGCAGUUUAUGUGUUUCCCGCAAAUUUCCCCGGUUGCAAGGGUUUUCAAAGAUUUCAGUAGACGUUGAAUACUGCUACACACAAGUCGUCAAUUUUACCAUCGUGGAAGUCAUUGGAAGUUUAAGUUUCGAAGAAGCUUAAUCCUUUUUUUCCGCCAAAAAGCCCCCGCUUUUCGCUACUAGUGGGCUAUAACAUAAAGCCUAGUAGUAGCUCAACCAAUCAGAACGCAGCAUUGAUAAUAGACCACUAGUUGGAUUUUACUAAUACCGAAUAGUUCUGCUGUUCACGCAAGAGGGGUUUUGGCGUAGCAAUUUCUGUGAAGUGGAGCCUCAUAUAUGGGAUAGGGUUUCUGCCAUGCUUUGGUGCAUAUCUACACCAAGAGAGGCAACUAUUCGGCCCUUCAGGCCUUCACCGAAGUAAAUAAGUAGGAGCAAGGACUGGAUCCCACUGACACGGAAGUAAAUAUUCAGGAGUGAGGACUGGGAUUUAGUGUACCAUACCCGCUCGGCCAAUUGAAUGUCAAAGGUGUAUGCAGAAUUAUGGAAAUUAAGGUCUCGGAAAUUAACGCUCCACUUAAUUAACGGCGCUGAAAUUCAAGUUUUAAGAAAUUAAAGUGACUUAAAUUAACGCGCGCGAAUUUUUGAACUCCGCCUUAAUUUCAUAAGCGUUGAUUUGCUAUGAUAAGGCGGAAAGUUUUUCGUGGCGCAACAAGAAACUGUCCGGUAUGGUAUGAUUUAACACAGCCUUAGAGUGUGACUAUUGUCUUGACUCGUCAGCUAGUACUACUUGAAAAGAUAAGAAAUACGGUAUUUGCUGCCUGAUUUACACGAGUUAAUACGGCUUUUACCGUCUUUGCCCCUGAUUGCCUCCUAGUUUGUACCGAUUUUGUUGCAUCAUAUUUGCCUCGACCAAAUCUGAUGUUAAAACUGGUUUUUCGUGCUUUUCUUUGAUGGAAAUCAAAGUGCUUCUUCUAGAUUCCAAUUUAAACCUCCUGUAACAUCAUCUUUAGUUUUUAUUGAGGGGCGAAAUUUUUAUAUAGAUUUUGUCGUCAUAUUCUGCAGGCUUCAAACCGUGAACUACUCUCACUGGAAAUAAAAGUACUUUGUGGCCGAAAAAUCAAGGUUGGCAAAUGGCGUGAUAGGAGUAAGUAUACGGCUUUGUUUAUGUUCUUGGUCUGUCUAGAGGAUUUGUUUUUUUAAGAGCCUAGCUCUUCUCAGGCCCCUCAUUUGACCACGACGUUUCAAAUAAAAAAGAGAGAGAAAGCUCUCUUACCUUACCCUUGUUUAGAGCCCAAGUUUAAAUUAUUAAAAUUCUAACAUGACUCCCAGGCUUUCUAUUUCUUGAUCUUCACUGAACUUACAUCCACCUUGCUUUCAGUUGACACACCAGAUCCAUAUGUCAAGCUGCGGAUCAGAACUGCACCUAAUGGUUUCAGAAAAACAAAGGCGAAGAAAAACGAUGUUAACCCAACGUGGGAUGAAGUGUUUCAGUUUAUACUUGAUCCUACUGUAAAACAUACUCUAGGUAAGUUGCUUUCCUUUCUGAUCUAAGCAUAUAUCAGACACGAGUGCUGAAUUUCUGUAUAUUCUAACAAGGCCCUGUGAACACUUAGGCGUUAAUUCGUUUGAAAACGCAUACAUUUCGAUGCGUUUAGGCCUUUCGUCCAUACUACGCUGAGCGUUUUCAUUGAAAACGCGUUGAUUUGAAAAUGCUGUUGAAAGUGGAUCAAAACGGAAACGCAUACAUAUCGUUUUAUAUUGGUGCGAAGGGUCAAAAACGCACCAACUUGAAAACUAUAUAAGAAAAAAUCGCAGGUCAGGUGUUUGUGGCAUGUGCAUAGAGUUCAACUUACGUAGGACGGCGCUAGUGAACACGCUGCGCUCUUGAAAUGUCUUAAAAUAUAACAGAGCCAGGGUUUUUAAAAAUGGUUAAAUUCGGUUUUGAAUGUCGGUGAGACCCUCAAGUGAGUAAGUGGGGGCUUCUUCAAAUCCUUAGAUAAGAGGGGAGUCCUUUCCCUCAAAAAAAAAUUUUCUCGACACGUUAAUUCAUUCUCAAACCAAUGGCUGUUAUCAAGAAGUUUUGUCCUUGACAUGAGAUUACGUCUGUAUGGUACGGAAGGGACCAAAUUAUCCAUUUUUUUAAGGAAUCCAUUAGCGUGAAGUGUAAUAAAUUAACGCCGAUGACAUUACAGCGUUUUUGUCUUGCGUAAAAUGCGUGGGAAGCAAAACAAGGAGGACGGGAAGUGUAAAAUUGUUUUUCGUGGUAGAUAGAGCUACAAUAGUUUGCUUUCGUCCUUAGUGAAUCAGUGAAUCAGCUGGGACUGGAACAACUUGUUGGGCAAUUAAAAACGCGGCAGAAAUUAGAACUUGUUAGCCUGCGAGCAAGGUCUCCAGGGCAAUCUGGCCGCGGGGCGGGAAAAGCCUGAAAGUGAGCUUGUAACUACGUCUCUGGAAUUUGAAUAUCUGCAUUGAAAAAUAGUCGAUGCGAAGUGCUGAUUGGCGGAGAUGACUUUAGUAAUGACGUCAUUACCCUUCGCACGUGUUAUUCAAUGUUUGUUUACAUUUGCACUCGUUUCCCCUUUCCGCUGAUUGGCGGAAAUCUGACAGCUCAGUCGACGGGGAGCCACAGGGGAGUUGGAGGUGGAAUUCAAAUUCCAGAGAGGUAGUUGCAAGCUCUCCUUCUUUUUCCCGCCCUGCCGCCAGAGCGCCCCGGAGAGCUUGUAAAAUAACGUUACGUCUCAGUGAUUUUAAGCCACAGUUGAGUUAGCACUUAUUCCUUCGACAACAUAAAUCAACAAUUAAAUACUCUUCUUAGUCCUCUUCAUCAACUCAGAAAAAACUAGAAAAACCUGUUUAAAGGGAUAAGCCACCCUUUAGUCAUCGGCGUUAUAUAUUCCAUUUCACAUUAAUGAGAUUCCACCUCAAAACAAAGGAUAAUUAAUAUGGUGCUACUAUCUACUGACAAUACUGUUGACAACGACAAAUUUUGAUUUGAGUUUCCUAAGCCACCAAGUUUUUUUCUCUGAUCUUCACUCUUACUUUUACUGCUCUUUCUGAAUCUGAUAGAGAUUACUUUAAUGGAUCAAGACGUGGUCAUCGACGAUGUUGUGGACACCCAGACGUUCGACCUGAGUGAGCUCACUGAAAACGAUACAAUUAAAAAAACUUUCACAUUCGGAAAGGUAGGUGAAAAAAACACGUUCUGUUUAUUGAUAUAGAAGCAGAUGUUGAUAGGGUUCUAUUUGCUUAUCCAUUUUUCCACUCAUUCAACAUUUUGAUCUAACCACAUCCAACAUUUCUGGAUGGAGCCCUUUUAAAAGAACCAACUGAAGCCCCAUUGCGAUCUAAAAUUAUCUCACUGAACCACCCACCAAGUGAUGAAAAAGUUCCAUGAAAUUGGUUGCACAUCAUUCAACAUUGCUGAAUGGAGUUUGAUCUACGGCAGGGGAAUUUAAACAACCAAAAAGAUUCUCGCUCACUCAAACCCGUCAAAACUUGAUCCAACAACAUAGAGCCAGUUAGGUUAUUCAAUGGUUUCGACAUGUUGGGCCACGGCAAUUAACAAAUGGUUUCGACAUGCGUAUGUUGGGCCAACGUCAAAUAUCCAAUGGCUUCGACAUGUUGGUCCAAAGUCACUUGAAAUAUCCAAUGGUUUCGACAUGUUGGCCCAACGCCACCCAACCUUGUUGGAUGGUGGCCAUAUGAACAGGACCAAAAAGGUUGCCACUAACCCAUUACUAACCUGAGAUCAGACAGAAUUUUCGUUUUGGUUGAGAAAACAUUCCGGCAAGCAAGGUUAAAGGAAAUCAAGUAAGAGAGGAUGUAUGAAAGCUGCUAAAAGUGGACUUGAUCUCGGGUUACUCAACCCAACAACAUCCAAAACUGCUAACAAAGAUCGAAUGGUUCAAUUGUGUCGCAACUAUCAGUUUUGGACCAACAUGCUGGAUUCGUUAAAACGUGGCGUUGAUGUCUCAAGGCUUCCUACAGUGAAAAAUAUCGACAACUUCCGUGAAAGAGGUUCCCCUACCAUAAUACCACGCCGCUUCAUUUAACUGUCAACUAAAACUCAAGUAUUUGGAUUUGGCAUGGAGGCCUAAUCCAUUUUUUUGUAAAGGAAAUUAAAAGUUAAAAGUUAAACAUUAGAACCCAACAGAGUCAAAAUGGACUGAGAACCGUUUUGCACACCUUCCUAGCUAGGAGGUAUCAACUGAACUGGAAAAAAGCUGACCUGAUAAGAUUACCUCCUUCUACAUUUUUAUUUCUCAGAGAUUUUGAUUUAAAUUUGUCAGGACAGAGAGGAAUAAAAUAGUAAAAAUAGGGUAAAUUGAAAGAGACUUAGGUGGUAAGUGUUUUGUUAAUUCCUUUAAUUCCAGCUCCAUUAUUUUCCACUUCCCCCGAGAAUAAAAGGACAUCUCCUUUUAUCCCGUUUUCAACAGUUAAUUUUGAACUCUUACUUUAUUUCAUUUUUUUGUUACUAAGAUAAUUUGUGAGGUUAUCAGUAACUGGGUGCGGAAGACAGAUUAUUGGUAAAGCUAUCUUUGUUGAACUUGGUGCAUGCAUUGGCGAGAGCAGAAGGCAAUUUUUUCAAAUCAAGACUCUGCUGUGGAUUAAAGAGACGCAGUGAGGUGAUCGGUAAAGUUACCAGGGUUGGUUUAUGCAGGGACCCAGGCAGGAGUGAAGGGGCAAAUGUUUUCAAGACUUACUAAAAACGUUACGUUUUUGUAUUGCAGGGCUCAGAGGUGGACAUGGAGAUGAAACUUGAACCAUAGUAAGAUUAUGUCAUGAUUGGUCUUUCAAAUGUUUAGUCUAGGAAAAAGUAACAUUAGGGCCAUUUAUACGAGGAAAAAUAGGACGCGUCUUAAAUAAGACGCGAACUUUCCUUAUAAACGGCACAUUUCGUCUAAAAUAAGACGCGGCUUAGCUAAGACGCGUCUUAUUAGAUAAGACAUGCUCGUAUAAAUGGUCCAGUCCGCGUCUUAUUUAAGACGCGUCUUAUGUAAGACGCUUCUUAUUUUUCCUCGUAUAAAUGACCCUAUUAACUAAGAAUUGGAGCAGGAAAAAGAUUAUCUUUGAAAUUGACACUCGGACCAUUUUGGCCUGCCGAGUUGGGAAUAGACUUCUUGCAGUCCGCCUUUUCUCUUAGAUCCGUCGAUAUCUUAGUGACAGUAGGCACAUAGGGGCCAAAAACGCUUCUAGCCAAAAGCGACAGGGGGAAACUGUAUGAGAUUACCUCUGCCCUGCCAGUACGCAUGUGCGUACCUGAAAAAGUGUCGAAGAGAAAUAAAAGAAAAUGGGAAAACAGCGCAAAAGAACAGGAGGUAAACUGGGAAUAGCUGAAAACAGUUCAUGUACUAACGUGACUGUCCUUUAACUUCUUUCAAAUAUAUUUUUCUAAAACCCCCAGCAAAACGCGGUGUUUUCCCCUAUUUUCUCACACGCGAAAACCCAACCGGUGCCUUAGAAACACGAUCUAAAGACCAAGAGAGAUAAUUCUCUCAUUAAACAAAAAACAACGUAAAUACAGUCUCUUUACUAGUCUUUUAAACAAGUCCUUCGUCCUAUCUAAUUUUGCCCGCUGGCAAUUUGGUCGCUUGCUCACCAGCUUCGUAGAUUAAAAUGCUCGUCCGCUUGCUUUUACAAAUUUCUGCUGUGAAACUCGUGAGUAGUAUGAGCUGCGGUUAGACAAUUUUUGCAGGGGAAUCGUAUCAUUUUCCAAAGAAAAACACUAACGAUGAUGACGUCAAAGCUUUUUGUUUAGGGAAUCUCAUUAAGAUAAGCUCAUGUGCUAUUUUUAGGUGGUUAAACCGGUUUGACAUCUUGAUGGUCUUUGAAUGCUGUCUUGGAGUUCUCUCAUUGUUCAUUAGCUGAUUCAUGUUUUCGAAGGAAUAAGCGUUUACUCGCCUGUAACUCAAAAUCACUGAGCUGUAGGCUUAAUUAUACAAGUUUUAUUUCCUGCCGCUUGAAAUGAAAAUGGUGUUGGUGGAGGGAAAACGACAGAAACGUGGCGGUUGUAGUUGUGGGAAAGAAAACAGAAGAAAUGUGGUGGUGGUGGUUGUGGGGGCGAAGGAAAAAAUAGAAAUGUAGUGGAUAUGGUGGCAGUGGUGAAAGUAUAACAAUGGAAAUGUGGCGGUGGUGGUGAUGGGAAAACAACAAAACGGUGGUGGUGGUGGUGGUGGUGUUGGCGGUGGAGGGAAAACGAUUUCAAAGUGGUUAAAUCACCUAAAGAUAGCACAUCUCCUUAUGUUAAUGAGAUUCCCCAAACCCCGCCCUCCCCCUCCCCCUUUGAAUUCAGGAGGCUAGGAGAAAAGAACCAAGAACAAGAAGUCCAAAGACUACUGCAAAGCUGAUUUAAAACAACGUAUAUUGUUUUUUAUAAUAAUAUUUCGGCUGGCCAUACCAGCCUUCUUCAGGUUCACAAAUGUUACUGAACUCAUGUAGCAAUCACAAUAUUAUAUAAAUGGAGAAUGUCGCAAUAAAUGGGAGAGGCGGAAAUGACGUACAACAUAAAAACUGGAAAGGAAAAAUACUAAAAAUAUGGAUUACAAUAAUUCUUCAGGGCGGUUUAGGCCAUGAGGUUCAAGAGUCAUGGCCUUAUCUAUCAAAUGCGACUCCCUGGCCUUACGAACUGAGUCAUCUGAAAAAUAAAUUUUCUCUAGUGGGAUUAACUAGGAGAAAAGGCUAUGACAUCAUCGGUGUCAAUAUAUUCCUCCGCAAAAUAAUGAGAUUUCCUCACAAAAAAAGGCCAAACCGGUGCCCCCUAUACUACUCUCGUGAGGUCGACUAGUCCCAAGAAAGGCUCUUCUACCGCAUGAAAAGAAUUUUGGAGACGGGUAACGGUCGAUUCGGAAAACGUUUCGUACCUCUGGAAGAUUUCUGGCUACGGCUCUGGAAGCUUAUCAUAACUAACUCUGAACUUGAACAUAAAAGCCUAGAAAACUUGUCCUUAAGGUCACAAGGGCGAGGGUCGUGCAAUUCCUAAUGUAUUUUAGUUUUUAUUUUGUUUGUUUGUUUUCCGUAAAGAAAUCUUUUAAUGUCGUAAAUUAUAACCCAUACUUAAGGUCCUAGCCAUGUUGAGGAUCACUUUAAUUAUUUGUUAACUUAUUUUUUUCGUUCUUGGUCAGUUCUGCGCCUUCUGAAAUGCGACACAGUGCAGAUCUAUGCGAAGAUGAGAACAGUUUUCUUGACAAGAGAAAACAAGUUGUUUUUGAGGCCAUGAAAAAACUUCUGGGGAAAAACGGACCUAAAAAACUGAAACAGGUAUGAAUAAAGUUCGCGUGUGUGAGUCUAGCUAAGAUUGCUGAUUUUAGGGUCACUGCAGUCUAGCAUGUCUCUUCUUUUUCCGGCCUGAUUUCUUUUACUACACACACGGUUUUUUCCUCUCUACUCUGCAAUCUUAAAACCUCUUUAGCUUCUAUGAUUUGUUUUCUCAAUGUAGGUCUCAAGCAAAUUCGCCCUUUAUCGUUUCAUAAAUUACGCGUACCUGUGCGUACAUAUGCAAUAACACGAAAUUUGAAAGAAACUUUCUGUAGAGUAACAUCACAUAACCAAUCUUGGGAAAAGUAAAAGUGCAAGCUCAAGAGGUCUAUUUGUUAAAUUCCUUCAGUUGGAAGUUUCGAUCACGGGACAUGCAAUAAUCACGUGAUCGGAGUUAUUUGUUUCACCAUUAGAAGACCACAAGUUUUCCAUUUAAGAAACUGUCAUUCUGUUCUAAUUAAGUAACCUGGCGAAAGAUAUUGUCAACCAUAUUCUCCGAGCACACGCUUGACCCAGGAUUAAUACCCCGUCAGAAAGACAAGAUUAACAACCACAGGAUAAAUGAUGAUGAUUAUUUGCAGAUGCCUACAAUCGCUGUUCUAGGAUCAGGUGGUGGUUUUCGUGCCAUGGUGUCUCUCAGCGGUGUGUUUUGUGCCCUGAAAGACAUGGGUGUCCUGGAUUGUGUAACUUACGUUUCUGGGCUGUCUGGUUCUGCAUGGUAAAUAUCUGUCUCUCUCAAGUUACUGGCCUAGUUUCUAGAGACAUGUUUUUUAUUCCGGGUUGUACCGUAUAGAGCCUGCCUCAUUUCAUUUCCACAUCGUAUACUAAUUCCGCCAAGCAAUGGAAUACUCUUCCCGCCGAAUUAAGGAACAGUACUAGCACUUUUCCUGAUUUUAAGCGACGUGUUCAAAUAUGUUUGAUUAGUUACACUAAUUUUUGUUUUGUUUUGUUUUUCUAGUUACCAGUUUUAGAGAUCUUAUUUUUUCUUCCUUCCAACAUAUUAGCUAUGUACUGAGGCUACUCUAAAAUUGGCGUUUAAGCAAAGGUUAUGCAUGUAUUUAUGUAUGUAUACAAAGAUUAACAAAAAGAUUCAACACAUUUGCCGUGGUUAACAAUUAUAGGCAGGGUAGGGUGGAUUUGGAGAACUAUUCGUUCCCCUGGAAAAUUUCUAGCAGCGCCCCUGGAUAAUACCCUCCCUUGCCGGAAUUUCGAAUGUUCUUGGAAUUGGUUCGUUAACGGUAAAGCGUCUUAAGGAUUUUCCUUUAUUCGUAUGAAUUUUAUUAGGUUUUGCUAGUACGUACGUUAAUAUCGCGCCACCUGUCGGUCUCCGAGGUGCGAUAUAAGUAAACUUUGAGAAUUCCCGUCCACAAAACUGAAAAUGUUUUUUGCAGGUAUCUCUCGACGCUUUACUCUCAUGCUGACUGGCCCAAUGCUCAUCCCAGGGAAGUCAGGGAUGUUUUGAAGAAAAACGUGAAAGACAAUUGGGUUAAACUCUUAUUUACGCCUUCCUGGAUGCACAAACGUCUGCAGGUCAUCCGGGAUAAGAAGGCACGUGGUCAGCCUGUCAGUUUUACUGAUUUCUUUGGUUACCUGAUCGGAGACACUGUUUUGAAGGAGGUUAGUUUUGUUCCGUAUGUAUUUUGGUUGCUUGUGUUGGGUAGCAUUUCAGGAAAGUUUAAGUUGCCAAAAUAUCCAUGCCAAGAUCAAACGAGCCUAAUCUGGCUUCCAUACAUGCCAAAAGGCACAGUUGGGCAUUUGUAAAUCCAAUUUUGGUAAAAAUAUUGAAAAUUCCUUUUUAGUUGCGGUAAUUUUCUCUCUCUCUCCACCCUAGUGACCUCAGCACUCCUCAGGUCCGAUCCAUAACAGGGUACUUCAAUCCCGUAAUCCCGACCCCAAAUUUCGUACAAUCCCGUAAUCCCGAGGGUUAUUUUUGGCAUCCUACCUCCCAAGCAUACUUUCAAAAUCCUAAACUCGCCCAGAUUUUGCUUUUAAAUCCCGAAUCCCGGACUUCAUACUAGGGAAAUCCCGAAUCCCGAGUUUCAAAUAAGGGAAAUCCCGGGUCCCGAAAAACCCAAUUUGGGGCCCUCUUUGCGAAUAGCGCCUGAGACCCAUCGAUUCUGGCUCUUGUGGGUCCAACUUGGGAAAUUGCACGCUGAUGGCAACGUGACGUUAACCAUUUUUGAUGCGCGUUUCCCUGAAAUGACUCGUUAAGUCUAGCAAUAACGACACUGACAAUGAUAACGGUAAUGAUAAAACCAUCAUAUUUGUCCUUUUUAAAGCGGAAAGAUGUACCAAAGCUCAGUGAGCAACGCCAAAAAGUUGAAGAUGCGCUGGUCCCUCUUCCACUUUACACUUGCGUGCACGUCAAAAAGGAUGUGUCUGCACAAGGUUUCUGCGGUAAGAUAAUUAUUGUGAGCCAUAUUUUCAUGCAUAGAAUCGAAUACUUUGAUGGACUAAUUGGAUGUUGUAGAUCACUCUCCUCUCAGCAGAGAUGAGAUGUGGUUUUAUAGAUAAUAGAUUUCUGCUGCAGGUGGCGAGAGCACUGAAUACCGGCCGCCUCACUUAAAGGAAACAGAUUGACUUCUUUCAAUUCCUUCACAAACAUUCAGAUUGCUAAACGUAAGAGCACUUCAAUAACAUAAAUGGACACUAUAAUCAAACAUAACUGUUGUGGUUCACUUUUAUUCUUGGUUUAAUUCCUUUGGUUUUGUGUACAGCAGACUAUAAUAAUAAGGCUAAAUCAAACAAAAAUGAAAUUUAAACCAAGGACACUAUUGAACCGAGAACAUAACCACACUGAGAAACAUCAGUAAUCAUUUGGUACCGUUCAUCCUUAGAAUGGGUGGAGUUUAGCCCGUAUGAAAUAGGAAUGGCAAAAUAUGGCACAUUUAUGAAGACGGAGGAAUUUGGAAGCAAGUUUUUCUGUGGAAAGAAACUGACAUCAUUUCCUGAGCCUCCACUUCACUAUAUGCAAGGUAAAACAAUGGUUCAUUGUAACUGAACUGUCAAGGGUAUGUUGAAUAUGAUAGUCCAGGUGAGGGUAGUUCUGAAUAGGGUAACCUGCAAUCAGGCAUAUAUUUUUUUCGGAGGACCAGGUCGCAGGUUAUCACUAGGGCUGUUGUUGAUGAAGGUCCCUGGUAGGUUUCUGGGAACCGGGCAUUGUCCUCAUUGAAGGCCAGGAUUCGGGGUUCAGAAUUUUUUUGUUCUUCUCUCGUUGUAAAUGACAACGAGCCACAUUGCGGCAUUGAUUAGGUGAAGUCAGGACCAAAAUCCGGGAGCGGCCCUACCAAUCCUGCUUGACCAUCCCUCUGAGCAUUCCCAGCUACCCUCAUUGUUUUUAAAGUAUAAUUGGAAACGAGUUUGGAAGUUUUGACAACCUGUAGAGAAAGCAUCAUCAGAAUCUCGGUGGGCAUAAAUGAUGGUAAAAAUGCUAUGCAAAUUCCACUGAAAUGCACCAGGACCAGACUUUUACCUCUAAGAACAUUCUGUAUUUCAUUUGAGAAAUUGGAGCGGGGGGGGGGGGGAGAUGGCGGAGAAGUCCGAACCUUCCGCCUCACAUACCUUGAAUUUCUGGCUCCGCCCUUUUUUCUUCGAAUUCUGCCCUUAGUCCUUUUUAAUUAUAAAAAGCAUUGUUGGGUUAUUUCCUCCUCUUUCUCCCACUUCCCACACUGCUAGAAUUCCCACCUACCAGCUUUUCCUCUCCGGUCUCCCGUACUCCUCCCUCUCCCUAUUCUCCCGGUCUCCCAACCCCUGUCCCCCCACCCCUUCCACUGAGAGGCCAUAUCAAGCACUCAACAUCGAUUUUCAUAAGGAAUAUCCAGAUGCAUAGUAGGUGGUCUUCAAAAAUUCGGCUGUGGGAUUUUUUUUAACCCAUUUCCCUAUGUCUGGAUGUCGGAUGAAACACCGCAGUUAGUGGUUAAUAUAUUCCAUCUUGAGAAUAGAAAACUUUCAUUUACAUAUAUCACAGGUAUCUGGGGCAGUGCUUUCACCAUACUUUUUCAGCGUAUCCUUAACGAGGAACAGAACGCACCUGAGGAGUCUGUUGGAAACCUUGCCAACAUAAAGGAAGGGCUAAGUAAGUUCAUGUUCUCUUACUUUUGUAAUAAACCAACUGACUGCUGACCUUUCAACACCGCAGUAUGUAUGGCUUGUGCGUUAUCCAUACGCACAGCUGUAACAUUAAGCUUUAUAUUCAGGCAGCCGUUGCCAGCGGUUUCACCCACGCAUUUUCCCCACGCAUAAGCCAUGUGCAUCAAAGCUGUUGGUUGGGACUGUACCGUUUACACUGAAAUGUGUUCAAUAGCAGGAGCCAUUGUUGGCAGCAAUUCCGCGAGAGCUAUUUCUGUAAAUAAUUUUUCACCGGAAAGGGUUGAUUCCAAUGGCUUAUAUGGGAGAUGAAGGCCCCCGGUUCCUGUCAAUAGCUAUCACCAAAAACCAUACGUUACUCAUAAAAAAACAAACAACCAAAACUUGCAGUGAUCCUUUCUCUACUGCUCUACAGGAGAUUUAAACAAUUCAGAUAAUAUUCAGCCCAACGAUAGUCAGCCCGUGGGGGAGGAGGACAGUGAUGACGAGGAAGAAGAGGAAAAGGACACUACAGAUGGCAAAGAAAAAGAGGAAAUGCUAAUUGCAGACGACUCCAAAGACCCCAGCCUGAAGAAAAAGAUAAUAAAGGGAAUCGUGAAUAGAUACUCAUUUCUCAAGACACGUUCUGGCCGCGCCGGCCUGGUUCACAACUUCCUUCGUGGCCUGCAGCUGACAGCAGUCCCCUCGAGUGGUACGUAGCAGGCUGAUUUAAAUAGCAACAGAACCGUAACGUCAGUUGACGAUGGCGUGCGCAAAUCAAACAACUGGCUCUGCAACUGGUUUGACCAAUUGACCAAAUGGCAGAGCGGCAAAUUGGGCACGGGAAGUCGCGUUUAGUCCUUUCCGCACGCGUUUCCCGUUGUCAACUGACGUUCUCGUUCUGUUGCUAAAUCAGCCUAAUACUAAUAUUGAGUACGACCCGUGCGAGACAUUCAUAAUGGUUUGAAAUGAUUGGUUGAUUCACCUUGAUAGCGACGUUUCAGCCACUUCAUGUUGCUCUAUGUCUGACAAGGUCGACUGGUUUACAGUAUAUGAAGAAAAGUUGUCCCGGAAAAGAGGGUCACUCUCCCAGCCGAGUCAACUUCUGCGAGCUUUGACCCCUUUGCCCGAGUCAACAGUUCCCCCCCCGGGGGGGAGGGGUUCUCCCUUACAUUUUCCUUAUAGGUAUAUGCCGCCUUAAAGGGUAUGGUUUUUGCGCCGUUUUGGUCUGAAACGGGGGUGUAGACUUUGCCUGUUUUGGUCUGAAUUCGGGUAUGGUUUUCGACGGGAGUGCAUGAACGUGUUUGUCGUUUCAAUUCCAGAUAGAUAAGAAAGAAAGAGUAAUAUGCGAAUUCAAAAUGGAUUUUUAGAAAUAUUUUUGUUGGCAUUCUAAAUCAAGAAAUAAUGACAUAAUUUCUGCCUACGCCAGGUCCGAAAAUGUGUCUGGAUUUUAGAGGCCAGGUCUGAAAACGGGUGUGGGAGAUGACAAUUUUUUGGUCUGAAAUAGGGUCAGGAUUUGGAGAACCGGGCGGCUCCCGGCCACAAAUUCCCAGGAAUACCCCCCCGGCCAACAGCGCUCGCACACUCGAUUGUCACGCCUUGACCGAGUUGGCCCGACUGGAGGACAAAGAGUUUAUAUGGAGAACAGUUCAAGAAAUCUAAGAAUAGUUAACUCGCCCAGGGGCUGGGGUAUAUAGACGAGUGACCCCAUUACCUGGGACGAGUCUCCUCCAUAUAAACGGCAGGGCAUGAUUCAAGUUUACGCAUUACGCAGUUACUUCAGUUCUCUCUUCUUUUGAACGAUGGAUAUAUUGACAGAGGAAAUGAUACCGGUCCUUAGUUAAAGUCCUUGCCAUGGGCCCGCCUCCUCAACUAUUAGUGAACAUGGGCAAAAGGACGGCGCAGGAAAGAAGAUUGCAGUUAUGUUAAGUUAAGAUCACGACAAAACUCGCAACUAAGUCAAGGAACCGCCCUAUAACGUUUUUCACACACAAACGCCGUUUUCUCGUCCUCUUCUCUCUGUCGUCCUGUUGCGUUUGUCCACUAACUAUGACCAGCUCACCAGCAAGUACACUUCUUUCUAAUUUCUAACUAGCACCUUUUUAGUUUUUCCAGCAUAACCCAAGGCUAUUUUUUGGAGUAAUUAUUCAGGAUCCAAGAUGGUUAAUCCCGGCCUUAUCCUUCAUUUAAAAAGUGGCCAAUUUUUUAAAAGACCAAUCACACCACUUCCUUGACAGCGAGGUGUUUUUUUCGGCCACGUAGACCGUAUUCACUUAAGAAGCGUCGUGGAGGUCUUUUUGGGUCUUCUAUUUUAUUUUGUUUACAAACAAUAAGAACAGACUAAGAACGUAAUAAAACUAGUUUUUGAUUCUAUGACCUUUUCUUAACUGUCAUAUUAGCCAUAGCAAUAUUAAAUUCAAUAAAAAUCAAUGAUGAAAUAACAAUUGCGUCUACCUCUGCUCCUAACCUGGGCACUUAUUUGGAGAAGGAACUUAUUCGAGAACGGUAAUUUUUCAAGCAAAUACGACGUUUCAUCUAACCCCCUGUUGAAUAAAGCUAGGCAAUCACAACCCGGUCCCUAUCUUUCUUUCUCUUGAUUAUCCCCUAAGUUUAUGUCUUUUUUCAUGCAGAACCAAGCGAUUUCAUUGACGCAGCUGAGCAGUUUACUCACAGUCUUACGACAAAACGCAUCUACGUUUGUGAUAGUGGACUCUCGUUCAACUCUCCGUAUCCCAUGGUACUUAGGCCUCAGCGAAAUGUGGACCUCUUGCUGUCUUUUGACUUCAGUGCAAGAAAGAAGGAGGACGAGAUGCCUUUUGAGGUAACGCCCUUAUUUAAUCAUACUGUACAGAAAAACAGUCCUUAACGGUCCAGCAUGUUCUAUGCAUUGUGGGUUUCUAAGACUAGAGUGCAAAACAGUCGAUUUUUUCUCAAUCGGUUUAGCGAAGCUUAAGAGUAGCAUAAGAGUCUUACAGGCCCGUCUCACAAGCCUCGCUCCAGACCUUCUGUUUGAAUCUGCUCGUACGUACUUGAAGACGCAAAAUCACGGUUUGUUUUUCAGUCUAAGACCGGCUUUUCUUAACAAUAUGUUUUUUCCAUGUUAAAAAUUUCACGAACACUCCUUAGUCGGUAGAUUUUGUUUUUGAAAGAAAAUACAUUGCAGCGAAAGCUUUCAGGUCCCUUUAAAGUUCAUGAACGCCAGAGUAAAUAUUCCCUAAGGAUAAAUUAUUUUGUUUUUUACUAGGAUCUAAUAUAGAUCUAAUACCCGUUGCGUCGUUUAGGAACUUUUACUGGCAGAAAAGUGGGCAAGGGAAAACAAGAUCAAGUUUCCUCCAAUCAACGCUGAAGAACAAUACAAGAAGCACGGCAUGAAAGAGUUUUACGUGUUUGAAGAUCCCGAGGAUCUGGAUUGUCCUGUCAUUGUACACUUCGUGCUCUGUAAUAAGACUUUCAAAGAGCAAAGCAGUCCAGGUUUGUUUAAAGUUCUGUUAACAUAAAAGAGCACACGUUCAGUUAGGAUAGGUUAAGGAAUACGGUUGUUGAGGGUACAUUGUCAGCAACAUAGUCCAACUCCACUACGCUAAAUACCAUGCUGUUUCACACGAAGGGACGUGUUUAGAGGAAAAUAGGGAGCUCAGCUAACCAUGACGGCAACAGCAUCGAAAACGUCACUUGAAAAGUGAAUUCGCACUACUUCAAACUUCUUUACACUUAUUCCAUUUCAUUCAAUUUGUCAAAAACUGGCGAGUUUUUCUGGAGUUGAUACUAAAGACUAUGGUAAAAGCCUGUUUACAUGGAGGUGGGGGACCCCACGUAGGUGAGGUAACCUGCUUAGGUGAGGUAACCCGCCUGUCCAUAUAAUCUCUCAUUUUAAUGUGAUCACGUUUACAUGUUAGGCGGGGUGAACCGCCACAUGUUACCUCACUUACGUGGGGUCCCACACCUCCAUGUAAACAGACCCUAAGUUCAGAAAAAGAAAAAAGAAAAUUGUUGUCUCGUGGUCACGUCCGCCGUAAAGGUGACAUUACACCACACGAUUCGUAACGACAAUUUCAAGCGCAACACAUCAUUGCAAUGUUGGAACAAUGUUGCAACCAUUGAAAACAAUGUCGCAACAGUGUUGUAAUGUUAUGUUGCACUAAAAAUUGUCGUUGCGAAUCGUCCCCGUGUAACAUCACCUCAACUUGGAGGUUCUUCACGCUCUAGUCGUGCAGCAAAGGCAAACGAAAUAUGCAAAAAAGCGUGUUGCACGGCUAAGUUGUUGUUUUGCUAAUCGUGAGGUGAUGUUACAUGCGACAAUUCGCAACGACGAUUUCUAGCGUAAUACAGCGUUGCAACAUUGUUUCGAGUGGCUGCAACAUUGUACCAACAUUGGAGCCCUGUGUUGCGCAAAAAAUCGUCGUUGCGAAUCGUCCCGUGUAAUAUCGCGUUUAAGCCGGAUGCAAACGGACGCAACAUUGUUGGCCAACAACUCCCAACAUUGUUCGAUGUUGCACGUUGCAGCCGUUUGCACACCCUGUUCAUGUUGUUGCGUGUUGUUGGGAGUUGUUGCGCAAAGUUUGAAACCGGUCAAACUUUUAGCUACAUGCAAACGGACGUAACAACUCCCAAAAAUGUCGGUCCAACAUUGUUGGGAGUCGUUGGCCAAAAUUGUUGCGUCCGUUUGCACCGGGCUCUAGGCUACGUUCACACGGUACCGGUCGAUUUUCGACCGUUGAAAAAUUUGACCGAACACUUCGUUUCACAUGGAACCGUUCAAUAUUUUCUCGCUGUUCACACGGAACUGUCGAACCAGGUUGAAUUUUAACUUUUGUCAGAGGUUUUGCCAUUUGCCCAUGCGCAGAGAGCUACUUAAGCAAUCCAAAAUGGCGUCUCCCAGCUGAGUUACCACGCAUCCAUGCAACCGCGUCUUUACCGUUCAAAAACUAAGCCGGCCAAGGUGUUCAUACCUUGCCGUUUAAAUUUUCGACCGUAUAGGUAAAAAAUUUGACCUCGAUUUUAGCGUUCAAAUUUCUGAACGGAGUGGCGUUCAAAUGUGCGUACGGUUUGCGUGGUUCCGUGUGAACGGAACACCUAAGCGUAGGAAUUUUCGACCCGUUAAAAAUUCCACCGGUACCGUCUGAACGUAGCCUUAAUUUGUUGCUUUUUUUCCCAUUGUACAGUUCAGAUACAGUUAUCCUUGAAUACAAUAAUACGACGAAGAUUGUCGUUUUAAACAUCAAUUUUGAGUGAAAUGAAGCUGACAAUUUCUUUCAGGAGUUCCUCGCGAGACUGCUGAAGCGAAAAAAUUCGCAGACUUCCCUGUUUUUGAAGAUCCAAAGGGUGCGUACAGUACGUUCAACUUUCAUUACCCUGAGAAGCCGUUUGAUCGCCUGACAAAACUGAAUGAAUUCAAUACACUUCUUGGGGAACAAACCAUCAAGGAUGCAAUGACGGAGUGUGUGAGGAGGCGAAGGAAAAGAAAACGACAUAGACGUGGACGAUGCCGAAUUGCUUAGACAAAUUAAAUUCGUGGGAAUUUUACUUGUUGGACAAACUUUAGUAACUUUCAUUAUCAAGUCCCUGAAAACGUGGUUUCUGAGACUCUCUAUGGGUUUUUCCGACAAAACGAACGUCGCGACGAAUCUUAUUUUAGAGAUUAAAGCAACGAUCACAUCGCCAUUCCUGUAAGUUUGACAACGUUACUCGUGCGGUGAUGGCAAAACAUUUCCAAAAAGUGUGAUUAACAGUCAGGUUUAUUUUGCUUAAUAGAACUUGUUGCUUUUUUAUUUUCGCGUUUCCUUCGUCGUGGUGGUGGUUGCUAGCAUUACCACGCAAAACGAUUCUUGAUACGCGACGAGAAACCGACGAUUUGGUUGAAAACGCGCGGCGAAAACGAAGUCCGCAGCCACCUAUACAGAGCCUCAUUUGCACCGUUGUUCAUCAGGAGCUGAUUACUUCGGCUCCUCUGUACUUGUAGUGAAUCAAUUUUAUCCCUUAAUUUUUGUAAGUUUGUUUAAGACCCCUUCCAAGGUUUAGCCAGCCCUGUACAGUCAGGAAAAAGUCAGUAGAGGAGGCUUUUGGAAACUCUCUCAAGGAGAAACUUUUGAAACAUAUAUAGAACCUAAAGAGGACCUAAAUAUCGCCCAAAACACCGACAUCAUCCCAUGUAUGACAUGUCAUCGCACACACUGCCGAGAAGAGCCUGGGAAUGAAAACAUAUCUCCGAUAUGUUCCGAUAUGUUAGCCUUUUCCAGGCGUUCAGAUUUUGGGGACAGCACAAAAAGAUGUAAGCGGAAAGAACAGCGAGGGGGUGGGGUAGGAGGUUGACUUCGCGUCGCCGACACCACUAUCUGGACGCCUGGAACAGGGUACCGAUAUGAGCGACCCGAUGCUUUUUUGAUGGCUUAGACCACGUGUACAGAGAUUUUUCUAGAACCGCAACAGAUCCGGAAAUUUUUGGUACUGGAUUCGUUUUCCUGUUUAGUCGGGGAUGGGUGAAUCCGAUAAGACCGCUUUGGUCGCGUCUAACGAGAUGUUGAUUCCGAUUACUGAGAAAUUGCGCUAAGUUCUGUGGUGGCCGUUCCGGAAUGAUUUUUUUUCGGAUUUAUCGAUGUGUGUAAGCGGGUGGUUGUCCGAAUACCCCUCUUGUAUGAACGCCUGCUAAUCGGCAGAAUACCCUUAAUUUCGCGCGACAAACACACAUAUAAACCCGGAAGUCUCCCCUAGUACAAACGUAGUAGUCUGCGUAGCGUUGUCUCCGUUAAUUUUAGCCAAGCCAGCGCAAGCGAAGUAAGGGAGAUGCGCGAGGCCAUGGGGUGAAAAGAAGCCAAAAGUUAGAGCGGCUAAAAGGAAACGAAAACAUCUGCUACGCAGGCAAUAAACAUUUCGGUGAUAGGCGGUCGAAAACGAUGCGAAAACACCAGGAUGGUGGACGUAGACUAUCGUAUACGUUUUGUUUUUCGAAGCAGACAUUUUAUCAGUAUCGAUGUGGAAUAAAACUGGCAACGGAAAUUUAAAACCUAGGAAAGAAAACUGAGCAGUAUGUGUGUUCAAGCCGAUACCAAUACACAGAUCAAAUGCUAAAAUCGGUAUCUUUUCAAUACAUCCCCGGGCCCGGUUCCUAAAAGCUCGAUUAGCUAGCGCUAAUCCAGGAUUAAAAUUUUGUUCCGUUUUUGUAUUUUACCUUCCUUUGCAUUGCUUGGAAUAACAUUAUGUGUUAUCAUAAUACUGUAUCUCGGAGUAAAGGCUUAACAAUAUUUUGAAAGCUCGAGUUGCAUGUUCUUAGACAGGAAAACCUUGCUUAAAAUUUGACUUAAUCCUGGGUUAAACUCAACCAUCUUCCGAGGAACCUAGCCCUGGUAAAUUAAGCAUCUGGAAAUGAAAGUGGUCCUAAACAACGAUAUACUACCAACUGUACAC